UUCGCGAGUUUCGUCAGAAAGCAGGGUCCGUAGAAUAAAUAAGUUUUUUCCGGUCGUCGAGUGGACAGGGACAAAGGUAGAACCGAGGAGAGGGAGGAUCGUUUGGAUUUCUCAGUCGGAAAACUGUGUUUUCUUGGUUGGUGUGGGCCGGCGGCCGAGUGAUGCACGCAUAUGUCUAGGCUCGGAGGGACUCAGGUUCUGGCCACAGCACAGGUGAAAAGGACGGCCGGCGAUCACGCAGCGUUGUUAAGCUACGGUGCUGCGAAGCGCAGCAAGCUGUCCGCGGUUGCGGUCACGGAGAUCAAAGAGAUCGAGAACAUGACGGAUACGGCCGCGGCGACGACCGACACUCAGAAGAGGGCGAAUUUCUCGGCGUUGACCGUUGGGAAUCCGAACGGCGUGAACAAGAUCUCACCGAGCCUGGCGAGCGUGAAGACUGGCACUGCCAGAAAGCUCGUUAUCAAAAACUUCAAAAAUAAGCCAAAAUUACCAGAAAACUAUCAAGAACAAACAUGGGAGAAAUUGCAAGAAGCUGUAAUUGCCAUACAGACCAGCAAAAGUAUUCGUUAUUCAUUAGAGGAACUGUACCAAGCAGUUGAAAAUAUGUGUAAUCACAAAAUGGCAUCUACUUUAUAUACAAAACUGACAAGGCUAACAGAAGUUCAUGUUCAGGCAAACAUAGAACAGUUCUUGGCAGAAUCCAUGGACAGGCAUAUAUUCCUGAAAAAGAUGAACGAAUGUUGGCAGUCGCAUUGUAGGCAAAUGAUUAUGAUUAGGAGUAUUUUUCUAUAUCUGGAUAGAACAUAUGUAUUACAGAAUCCAAGUAUUUUGUCCAUUUGGGAUAUGGGAUUACAUUUGUUUAGAGUAUAUAUUGUUCUUAACAAUCUGGUUCAGACACGUACGGUUGAAGGAUUACUUAUGCUCAUAGAAAAAGAGCGACAAGGUGAUACGGUGGACAGAACGCUUCUUAAGUCAUUACUACGAAUGUUAUCGGAUCUACAAAUUUACCAAGAUGCCUUUGAAACCAAAUUCCUGGUAGCUACAGAAAGACUGUAUGCUGCAGAAGGACAAAGACUAAUGAAUGAACAUGAUGUCCCAGAGUACUUAGCGCAUGUGGACAAACGACUUCAGGAGGAAAAUGAACGUUUGUUACACUAUCUUGAUGCAUCUACAAAAUGGUCGUUAAUUCAUACAGUGGAGAAACAAUUGUUGUCUGAGCAUAUUACCAGCAUUUUACAGAAAGGAUUAAGUGGUUUGUUGGAUGAGAAUAGAAUUAGCGAUUUAUCUUUACUUUAUAAUUUAUAUAGUCGUGUUAAGAAUGGCCUUGUAGAACUUUGUUUGAGUUUCAAUUCUUAUAUAAAGAAGAAGGGUAAAACCAUAGUUAUAGAUCCAGAGAAAGAUAAGACGAUGGUUCAAGAGCUAUUGGACUUCAAGGACAAAAUGGACAAUAUAGUUAACACAUGUUUUCAUAGAAACGAGAAAUUUGCGAAUAGUUUAAAGGAGGCGUUUGAAGCGUUCGUUAACCAACGAACAAAUAAACCGGCUGAAUUAAUAGCUAAGUUUGUUGACUGCAAGUUGCGCGCGGGUAACAAAGAAGCGACAGAAGAAGAGUUAGAAAGAUUAUUAGAUAAGAUUAUGGUACUGUUUAGAUUUAUACACGGGAAAGAUGUAUUUGAGGCUUUUUAUAAAAAAGACUUGGCUAAGCGGUUGUUGGUGGGUAAAUCAGCUUCCGUCGACGCUGAAAAGUCUAUGCUGUCCAAAUUGAAGCAGGAAAUUAAACAGAGAUUCGUAUGUAAAAAACUUUCCCUGAUUGUUAAACAUUAAAAUAUUUUGUUUCUCGAUCAGUAUGCAGGAAAUUUGCAAAAUGAAUUGUCUGCUAGUAAUUUGGAUUUGACUGUUUCGAUACUUACAAUGGGUUACUGGCCAACAUACCCUGUGAUGGAAGUAACAUUACCGCCGGAGAUGGUUCAGUAUCAAGAUGUAUUUAACAAAUUUUACUUGGGAAAACAUAGUGGUAGAAAAUUACAGUGGCAACCUACUUUGGGGCAUUGUGUACUAAAAGCUUGGUUUAAUCAGGGUAACAAGGAGUUUCAAGUAUCACUGUUUCAAGCAUUAGUGUUAAUUAUGUUCAACGAUUCGGACAAUUUGUCGCUAGAGGAUAUAAAAGCGGCGACAAACAUAGAGGAUGGUGAACUUAGAAGAACUUUGCAAUCCUUAGCUUGUGGAAAGGCCAGAGUGUUAAAAAAGAACCCAAGAGGAAGAGAUGUAGCGGACAAUGAUAGAUUUGUGUUCAAUGCGGAUUUCACGAACAAAUUAUUCAGAAUUAAAAUAAAUCAAAUUCAAAUGAAAGAAACGAACGAAGAACAGAAAGCUACGGAAGAAAGAGUCUAUCAGGAUAGACAGUAUCAAAUAGAUGCAGCUAUUGUUAGAAUUAUGAAAAUGAGGAAGACACUCACGCACAAUUUGUUGAUUAGUGAACUAUACAAUCAACUAAAGUUCCCUGUGAAACCUGCUGAUUUGAAAAAACGAAUCGAAUCUCUCAUAGAUAGGGACUAUAUGGAGCGAGACAAAGAUAAUGCAAAUGAGUACAACUAUGUUGCGUAACCUGAACCAAAUGCCAAAGUCAUUGCAGACUGGGUUGACGCUAUGUUUCGUAGCAAAGGGAACCAAUUCAUUUUGGUGUUUGUCUAUUGUGAAUGUGACAUACUGAAGAGCAAAGAACUCGUAACUGACUGACUGUGAACGUAACAUUGCAGCGUGUGGUCAGUUGAUACUAAAAAGAAAAAAGAAAUACUUAGAGUGGACCUUAUUGUUUUGGUUUUUGUAGUGCGUAAUGGACACUGGACAAUUAAGACCCGUUAUAAACAGUGCUCUACUGUUGUUAUUCUUGUGUUGUUUCUGGAUUUCGCUAAAAAGGACCAUGUGCAAAAAUGUCUAACGA